AUGGAUCAAUUUCCUUCAACGUGUCCAAACCUGAGCACAGGACCUGCAAAUCAGAUUAUUUCGCUCCUCAUCAAAUAUCUCGCAUUGUCGCAAUGUUCACUCUCGGCGCCAGAAACUUGGCCCAGAGAUUACGGAGAAAUUGCUAUGCAAAAAGGUUUCGAGGAGUACGACUUUAUCAUUGUUGGCGCAGGAUCUGCAGGAUCAGUUGUGGCGAAUCGCCUAAGUGAGAAUGCAAACUGGAAAAUACUGCUUCUCGAAGCAGGAGAAGAUCCGCCAAUAGAAUCAGUAGUUCCAGGACUUCAAACAGGGAUGGCGAGAACUGAAUACGAUUGGAUGUUCUUUGUGGACACAUUAAAUCGCAGCAUUCACUCUGGUUUGUGGCAAAGAGGAAAAAUGCUGGGAGGAACGAGUUCAAUGAAUGCUAUGAUCUAUGUGAGGGGAAAUGAUGAUGAUUAUAAUAAUUGGAAGAGGCUUGGAAAUCCGACAUGGGAAUUCGAGAAUGUCCUGGAAUAUUUCAAGAAAUCAGAGGCAAAUCAAGAUCCGGAAAUCGCUAACGCUUUCGGAGGAUAUUAUCACUCCAAAGACGGACCAAUGUAUGUGGAACUCUUCAGAAGUAAUCUGUCAAUCAACAAUGUCAUCAUUCAAGCAGCCCAAGAGAUGGGAUACAAAUUCAUCUUAGAUAUCAAUGCAAACGAGCACAUUGGAUUCACAUUCGCGCAAGGAUCCAUUCGAUCGGGAGAAAGAGAAAGUACAGCCGCGGCUUUCUUGCGUCCAGCCAUGAAUCGCCCCAAUUUGCACAUCGUCAAGCACGCGCAUGUGACUAAAUUGCAAAUUGAUAGGCAAGGAGUUGUUUCGGGAGUCUCCAUGAUACUUCGCGGAAAGAAAAAACUGAAGGCAUUUGCCAGAAAGGAAGUGAUUGUGAGCGCGGGAACCAUAAAUACUCCACAAAUUCUCAUGCUUUCAGGAAUUGGACCUGCUGCUCAUCUUCAAAAAAUGCAAAUUCCAGUUAUUCAAGAUCUGCAAGUUGGAAAGAACUUGCAGGAUCAUCCAUGCGUAGCAUUUUUAGUUAAACUCAAUGAAUCCAAUGCUACAAAAGUGAGUCCAAUUGAUCUGAUGAGUAGUUACUCAAUAUAUACAGUUCGUACAGUUAUUCAUCCUGUGGGAACGGCAAAAAUGGGUCCUGACUCUGAUCCUGACGCUGUUGUGGAUUACAGAUUGCGCGUGAAGGGCGUUGAAGGCUUGCGAAUCAUUGAUGCCAGCAUUAUGCCAAGAAUUCCGCGAGGCAAUACAAAUGCGCCAUCAAUAAUGAUUGGGGAAAAGGGAGCUGAUUUUAUUAAGGAAGAUUGGAAAUUUUUCUACUGA